AUGACUAUGAGGACAAACAUGAGUGAANUUGUGAGGCUGCAUGGAGUGCCAGCUAGUAUUGUGUUAUACCGUGAUCCCAGAUUCGCUUCAGAGUUUUGGAGAGCGUUUCAGGCUGAGAUGAGCACUAAGGUGCAUAUGAGUACAGCAUAUCAUCCGCAUACUGAUGGGAAGUCAAAGAGGACUAUUCAGACCUUGAGGGAUUUGUUGAGGAUGUGUAUGCUGGAUUGGGAUGGUCAUUGGGCUGAUCACUUGAGCUUAGUUGAGUUUGCAUACAACAACAGCUUUCAGGCGAGUAUUGGCAUGGCUCCUUUUGAGGCUUUGUAUGGGAGGCCAUGUAGGACACCCCUAUGCUGGACCCAAGUGGGGGAGCGCAACAUGUAUGGAGCUACUUAUGUUCAGGAGACGACAGAGAAGGUGGGAGAUAGAGUUUAUCUCAAGAUGGCUAUGUUGAGGGGUCCUAACAGAUCCAUAGCAGAGAACAAGCUGAGUCCGCGUUUUAUGGGUCCGUUUCCAGUAGUGGAAGCGAGUUGGGCCAUUGGCGUACAGGCUGGAGUUGCCUGA